AAAUGUCACCUGGGCAACCUACAAAUAAUAUUCACCAACUUUCAAUUAAUUUAAAUUACUGAAGUUGAAACUACUUUUUUAAUGGAUAAAAUUUGAUGAAAUUUUAUUUGGUAGAAGAGUUUUUAAUUUUAUAAAAUGCCACCAGGAAAACCUUUCAAAAAAACAAAUUCAAUACAGUCUGACAAAAGCAUGUUGAAUAAUGUAGUUGAUGGGCCUAUAAACUCACCAUUACAGCGUUUUGUUCGUGCAAAGAGAAGAGUAAAUAAAAUUUUUGAUGACAUAUUUACAUAUUUGAAAGAGUCUAGAGCGUUUCUUUUAGAUUGCGAUAUACUCAAUCAAACUGAUAAUGGAGUUCAAAAAAGUGUUCAACAGGUUGAUGGGUAUUUAAGUCAAGUAGUAUGCAUCAAUGAAGUUCUUUUGCGUGAUCACAUGAAGGUAGCGUUCUUUGGGCGCACAAGUAAUGGAAAAAGUACAGUUGUCAAUGCUAUGCUUUCAGAUAAAAUUUUGCCAGCUGGUAUUGGGCAUACCACAAAUUGUUUUGUUAGUGUUAUUGGAGCUGAUGGAAGUGAUGCUUAUAUGGAAGACUCAAUUACUAAAGAUCGCAAAAGUGUUGAAUCUCUGCAACAGCUGGCGCAUGCUCUUCACAAUAACAAAUUAGAUAUUAGUAGUUUGUUAAAUGUUUAUUGGCCAAAAUCAGAAUGUCCUUUACUGAAAGAUGAUGUAGUGUUUGUAGACAGUCCAGGAAUUGAUGUUACGCCAGAUCUAGAUUGUUGGAUUGAUAAACAUUGUUUAGAUGCAGAUGUUUUUGUUUUGGUAGUCAACUCUGAGUCAACUCUCAACCAGACAGAAAAAUCUUUUUUUCACAAAGUAAAUACUCGAUUGUCAAAACCAAACAUUUUCAUUUUGAAUAACAGGUGGGAUGCAUCUGCUGAUGGAGAACCAGAAAUGAUCAAACUUGUUCGCCAGCAGCACUUGGACCGAACAACAGAGUUUUUAGUUGAUGAGCUGAAAUGUGUUUCCAGAGUUGAGGCAGCAGAUCGUAUUUUUUUUGUAUCAGCUCUCGAGAUGCUUCGAUAUAGAAUUAGUCAUAAAAAUGCGAGAUAUACAGAAAGUCCUUUGAUCGAAGAAGAAAAUGCUGACACAGACUUCAAAUUAGGAAAAAUAGCAAGAAGACAAGAGUUUGAAGAUUUUGAAACAAAAUUUAAGGAAUGCAUAUCAAAAUCUGCAAUCAUCACAAAGUUUUAUAGUCACGCGACUACAGGAAUCACGAUUUCAAAAGAAAUGAUUAAUCAUUUAGAACAGGUUCUUGCCAAAGCAUCAUCUCAAAGAGCAUAUCUUCAGGCUGAAAGAGAAGAAGUACAAGACUCACUUGAGUAUAUGAGCAGCCAGUUAGCACUUGUCACUGAACAAAUAAAAUUAAAAAUCAAAAACAUCUCUGAAGAAAUUGGACUACAGGUUUCAAAAGCAAUGUCUGAAGAAAUACGGCGUUUGGGGCAUUUAGUUGGAGACUUUGAUUAUCCAUUUCAUCCUCAUUCAGGUUUUUUGAAAAAUUAUAAACAGGAGUUACACACCCAUAUAGAAAAAGGUCUGGGUAAAAACUUAAAAGCACGUUGUUCUGCUCCUCUUCUUGAAUCAAUUGAAGAGUACAAAUCAGCAAUGAAAGAUAAAAUUUUCAGUUUAAUACCAGCCAGUGCAUGUUCUUCUACAAUACCUGCUACGCCAAAAACUAACUUUUCAGUAAGUUAUGAGCUUGAUGUUCCAAACUUAUGUUCUGAUUUUCAAGAAGAUAUAUCUUUUCAAUUUUCUUUGGGAUGGUCAAAUCUUAUAUCAAAAUAUGUUGCUCCCAGAAAUCCAAGGCUAGCAUUUAUGUUAGGAGCUACAUUUAAACCACACAUGAUUAAUUUGCCUCCAGACCCUCUGGCUGUUACUCCUCACAAAAAUCCAAGUGACCAAGCUGCCAGUAAAAAUGACAGAGUAAUAUCUAUCCGUCAGAACUUACCAGACCCUUUAUUGAAUUUUGAUGAUGAUGAACUUACUAUGGCUGUUAUACAGGGAUUGAGCAGUUUGAGCUCCUCUACUGCAAUGGCAUUUGUUGUUGCUGUUAGCCUGGUUUGGAAAGCAGUGGGUUGGAAAUUGGUUGCACUUGGUGUUUCAAGUUAUGUCACAAUAUAUCUUUAUGAAAGAGCAAUGUGGACCAAUGCAGCCAAAGAGAAGACUUUCAAAAAACAAUUUGUCGAGUAUGCAACUGAAAGGCUGAGACUUAUUGUGAGCUUCACUAGCAAAGGUUGCAGCCAUCAAAUAGAGCAGGAACUGAGUCACACUUUUGCUCAACUUGCUUCUCAAGCUGACGUUGCUAAAAUUAAAAUAGAAGAACGAAUUCAAGAGUUAAACGAAGAAAUACAGAGGUUAGAAGAAAUCGAGAGCAAAGCUAAACUCUUAAGAAACAAAGCAACUUUUAUUGAAAAUGAUUUAACCUCAUUUGUAAAAGACUUUAACUUAAGCGUGAGUAAGAUUUGAACCUGGAAACACAAUGAUUUGUGACGAGGUUUGAACAUGGAAACACAAUUAUUUGUGGCGAGGUUUGAACCUGGAAACACAAUGAUUUGUGACGAGGUUUGAAACUGGAAAUACAAUGAUUUGUGACAAGAUUUGAACCUGUGUACACAAUGAUUUGUGACGAGGUUUGAAACUAGAAACACAAUGAUUUGUGAAAGGAUUUGAAUCUAGGUACACAAUUUGUGAUAAGGUUUGAACCUGGAUACACAACGAUUUGUGAUUUUAACAACUAUCGGAUUUGUAUGAAAACAAUUUCGUUCCGCAACUUUAUUUUUUAACAAUAGUUACUGAUAUUUUAAUUUAGUUAAUUGUUUACUCCAAUUGUAUUUAAUGGAUUCUGUAUAUAAUUAUAAAUUCGAUAAAUUCAGUGUUAAAAAUCGGCUUGUAAUGUUAGUGAUUAAUACGUAACGUUUGUCAACGGUACGUGAAGUUAGUGAACGUUUCGUAAAGUUGUUAUACUUUUUAUCUGUAUUUUCUGAUUGCUUUUGAACCGUUUUACGCGCUAAUGUUAUCGUUCGUGAAUGUAUUAUACGUUUAUAUUUGUCUUUGUAAUGUAGUUCUAUUUAUGUAUUUAAAGUAAGAAUUUCUCCGGAACGUUUUCUGUUUCGAAUUAA